AUGGCGAGCAUGGACGUCGAGCGAAGCAACCCGGCGGCGCCGUCCUGGCAGGCGGGGCUUGAGACCGUGAAAAAGUGGCAGCGGAUUCGAUGCAGCAUGAGGAGGGCUUGGCCGGCCAUCUGCGUUGUGGCGGCGACCCUGCUCGCAGUCGUCGUGCUCUCCGCCGCCCGGGAUGGCUAUGGCUUGCCGAUGGUACCCAGCAGCUGGCUCUCAGUAGAAGAUGUACCUCCGUCCAAUCUCACCACCGACCAGCUCCUGGACGGUCUGCUCACCGCGGAAUUUGGCUCGCGCUCAUGCCGGAGCCGGUACGAGUUCGCCAGCUACCAUGACAAGAAGAAGAAGAAGAAGCACACAUCACAUAAACCAUCCCCCUACUUGCUCGCCAAGCUCCGAAGUCACGAAGCGCUCCAAAAGCAAUGCGGCCCCGGCACGGCCCCGUACAGGGCGGCGAUCCGGCAGCUCAAGUCUGGAAAUGGCAUCGUCACAUCCGACAGUGAAAACUGCCGCUACCUGGUCCCCAUAAGCUAUCGAGGCCUCGGGAACCGGAUGCUGUCCACAGUGUCAGCCUUCCUCUACGCUGUGCUCACCGAGCGCACCCUCCUCGUCCAGCACGACAUGGCCGCCCUCUUCUGCGAACCUUUCCCGAGGACCACGUGGCUGCUCCCGUCCUCAGGCUGGUUGGGUGGUGGCUUCCCGCUUGGACACCUCAAGAAAUACGGCAAGGACUCCAAGGAGAGCCUCGGCAACAUGCUCAAGGCCAAUGUGCUAUCCGUGGGCGACAAUGGGAACGCGUCGUGGUCGGACUCGGACCGGCCACCGUACGUCUACCUACACCUGGAUGGCGGCUACGGUUUCUACGACAAGCUCUUCUACUGCGACGAGCAGCAGCGGCUCAUCCGCGGCGCGCCGUGGCUGCUGAUGAGGACAGACAGCUACCUCGUCCCCGGGCUCUUCCUCAUCCCAUCUUUCCGGGACGAGCUGGAGCGGAUGUUCCCGGAGAAGGACGUCGCGUUCCACCACCUCGGUCGGUACCUAUUCCACCCGGCCAACGACGUGUGGCGCGCGGUCACCAGAUACUACGACGCCCACCUCGCCGGCGCCGGGCAGCGCGUCGGCAUACAGAUACGGGUUUUCACACAGAAUAAACCGUUGCAGAAGGUCCUGGACCAGGUUCUCUCGUGCGUCCGUAGGGAGAAGCUGCUUCUCCCGUCCAUACAGACGAACAACGCGUCUGUGCUGGUCACCUCUCUGAGCUCGUGGUACUACGAGAGGAUCAAGGCCGAGUAUGGCGGCAGCCGGGUGCACCAGCCGAGCCACGAGGGGUGGCAGAAGAUGCGGGAUGCCUCGCAGGACAGGAAGGCGUUGAGCGAGAUGUACCUGCUCAGUACCUGCGACGUUCUCGUCACCACCGGGUUUUCCACCUUCGGCUACGUGGCGCAGGGGCUCGGCGGGAUACUGCCAUGGAUCAUGCCCGCCACGCCCUUCUGGUCGACCGAAACGGGGGUGGUACCAGACCCGCCGUGCAUGCGAGCCAUGUCCGUCGAGCCUUGCUUCCACUCGCCGUCCAACUACGGCUGUGCGGCCAGGAAGGAUGUGGACGUGGGGACACUUGUGCCGUACAUCCGGCAUUGUGAGGAUGCAAGCUGGGGGAUUAAGAUUGCCAACGAAAGCAUGCAGCCACCGGUAGCUUAA